ACACAACUCAAGCACACGAAUCCAAACAACACGAACCGGCAGUUCAGCUUCCUGUCCGAGACCUCGGGGAGGCCUGCCCUCUCGGCUCUCGCGUUAACGAUCGACGCGUGGAGAGAAAUGGCGGCGGCAGCAGCAGCAAGAGCAGGAGCGUCGGGCGUGGCGUGGCUCCUGGCGGCCGCCGUGGCGGCGGCGCUGGUGGCCUCGGCGUCGGCGCAGUCCGGGUGCACGACCACGCUGAUCAGCCUGUACCCGUGCCUCAACUACAUCAGCGGCAACGUGUCGGCGCCGCCGUCCUCGUGCUGCUCGCAGCUCGCCAGCGUCGUGCAGACCAACCCGCAGUGCCUCUGCGCCGCGCUCAGCGGCGACUCCUCGUCCCUCGGCGGUGUCACCGUCGACAAGACGCGCGCGCUCCAGCUCCCCCAGGCGUGCAACGUCAAGACCCCGCCGGCGAGCAAGUGCAACUCUGCUGGCGGCGGCAGCGCUCCGGGCGCUGCGACGCCGGCCACGCCGUCGGCUGGCGUACCAGCGACCGCAGGAACCGGCACUGGAUCGAAGGCGACGCCGACGGCCCCGUUCCUGACGUCCGGCGCCGCGUCGACCCGGGGGGCGGUGAGCCUGGUGCUGGCAUUUGCGGCUGUUACUGUCUACGGCAUCUCGGCCGCGUGACAAUCUUGGCUCCUCUAGCUCUGUUGCCCACGGCGUUGGGGAUCCAGACAUUCGACAUUCAGGAUUUGUGGUGUCACUGUUCCGCAUUGGUUGAGCAUUGUCGAGUAUAGAUAAUUGGGCGUCGCAUUUGUAUUAUUGCUUGUAUUUGGCUGUCACAAUAAAGAACACCGUUUUUUC